CGUCAUCUACAGCACAAGCUUAAACUUGGAUUUCACCUUUCGGUUGCUUUUACUCGUGAUUGCCCCGAGCCUUUUCUCUGUUUUCUUAUUCUUUCUUUUUCUGAUACAAACUGUGCCAAUCAGAGACCACUGUGGUGCCCUACCAGGAGAAUGCAGCCUCUGUCUAUCUCUUGAACUUCUCGGAUACCGCAUAUAGCCAGCUCAUCAUGGACGACAGUUCAACUCCCCUCGCUUCCCUCUCCGUCACCCACGUCUACUACGACCCCAACGACCAUGUCUCCCUCGCCUGCGCCUACCUCGCCCUCCUCCCCCAAGCCCUAUGCGUCGUUUACGCCACGCUCGUCCUUUUUACCCGCGAGGUCGAAGUCGCCUUGAUGUUUCUCGGUCAACUUGCCUGCGAGGUGCUCAACUUUGCCUUGAAACGGCUGAUAAAAGAAGAGCGUCCGCGUCGCAUACACGGCAAGGGCUACGGCAUGCCUAGUUCCCACGCACAAUUCGUUGCCUUCUGGAGUGUCUCCCUGGCUCUGUUCCUGCUUGUCCGCCACAAGCCGCCUCGUGUACAUCAGGUUCGUGCAGAAAGUGGUUUGCACCGGCCGUGGAGCGUUCUCGAGAGAGUUGCUGUGAGUGUAGCUGGGGCGGCGAUUGCGGCGGCGACGGCAUGGAGCAGAGUGUACUUGAACUACCAUACCCCUAAACAGGUCGUUGUGGGUAGUGUUGCAGGUGUCAUAAGCGCUCUCGGUUGGUUCCUUAUUGUUGCUGCCGUGAGGCAAACCGGCUGGUUAAACUGGGCUCUAGAGACGCCUUUGGCGAGAGCUUUCAGAGUUAGGGAUCUUGUCACUGAAGAGGACAUGUGUCAGGCUGGUUGGGAGAAGUGGGAGAAGAGGAGAGCUGCUGCUCGAACGAUAAAGAAAGACAGAUAGUCAUCAAUGAAUUGACAACAAUAAUCACAUGAGAGACUAACUACUAAUAUAAA